CAUAAAUUAAAAACACAGCGUUUGUGGCACUAAACUAAUAUUGAAGUAGCAAUUAUUUCAAAACACUGUUUGAAGAUUAAUUUUAAAUGGUAAAAAUAUCGAAAUGUAUCUAAAAUGAUGGUCUAAAAUCCGAAAAGAUGUACUGCAAUAAUGAACGGUCCCCAAGCACAUGCCAAUGUUUUGAAUGACGUCACCAUUACUCAUUGGCGAAAAAUCAAAAAUGGGGGACGAUCUACCUACAGAUUACGAUGUGAUUGUGCUAGGUUCAGGUAUGUCAGAAUGUAUCCUAGCUGCAGCUUUGUCCAGGAUCGGGAAAACUGUCCUCCACAUUGACAGGAAUGAUUAUUACAGUGGUGACUGGGCUACAUUCAACUUUGAAGGACUACAGAAGUGGGCAGUUAAGCAUUCUGGGACAACAUCAGAGAGUAAAUUGAAGCCGAAAGAGGUUGAGCUUUCAUCAUUAUUAAAAGAUGGCGAGACAGUAGUUGAUGCCCAAAUAAACAGUAACACUAUAAGUAACGUUAAUCAGAAAUAUUUUAUAAGUGAAAAACCUGCUUUUGAUCCAGAAACAUCCAUUCCAAAACCAGAUGAUCAAAAAGAAAAUAAUUAUCCAGAUGCGCAACCCAGUUGUGAAAAUACUGAUGAAGACUCUGGUAAAAAUGACACUAAACCAAAUGAUUCAGAUCAAACAGUCCCAACAUAUGAUGCACCAUGUAAUGAAGAAACCAACACUGAUAAACUCUCAAUGGACUCCACAGAAGAUCAAAAUAAAGACACAAAUGAUUCUGUAAAGCAAGAUGUGAAUGAUAAAAUAUCAGAUGAUGCAGUUAAAGGUGAUAAAGAUGCAAACGUGGAACAAACUAAAAGUAAAGUUAAAGAGAUCCAAGAAUCAAGUGAACAAUGUAGCAAGGAGAAAGGGAAAGUUGUAUGGACAGUUGAGGGAUUCAAAAAACAAUGGCGCAAAUUUAACCUUGAUUUGGCUCCAAAGAUUCUGUUCUCCCGAGGGGCUAUGGUAGAACUACUUAUCUCAUCCGACAUUGCCAAGUACUGCGAGUUCAAGACUGUCACCAGGGUAUUAACACACAUGGAUGGAAACAUAAAGAUGACUCCCUGCUCGAGGGCUGACGUGUUUGCCAACAAAGAAAUCAGCAUGAUCGAGAAACGAAUGAUGAUGAAGUUCUUAACUUUCUGCAUGGAAUAUGAAAAACACCCUUCAGAAUAUGAAGGUCACGAAGGCAAGACCUUUGCUGAGUUUUUAAGUAUAAAGAAGUUAUCACCUAAUCUCCAACAUUACAUUCUGAAUGCAAUCUCCAUGGCAACUAAACAGACUCCACUUAAAGAGGGACUUUCCAAAACUCAAAAAUUCCUGCAAUCUCUUGGUCGCUAUGGUAACACAGCUUUCCUGUGGCCCUUAUAUGGAAGUGGUGAAAUACCGCAGUGUUUCUGUAGAAUGUGUGCUGUAUUCGGCGGAAUUUACUGCCUCCGUAUGGCAGCUCAGUCUGUCAUUCUUGAUUCAAAUUGUAGCCACUGUACAGGAAUCAUAAACACAGAAGGUACAAGGCUGAAUUGCGAUUGGCUGGUGAUGGAACAGAGCUACACACCCCAAAGUUUUCUACCUGACUCGUAUAGCUUGAGUCAGAUCUCAAGGGGUAUCCUAAUAACAGACAGCUCUAUCCUGCCAUCUGCUGGAGAUCAGAUCUCCCUGCUACAUCUGCCCCCAAGUGAGCAGCACCCCCACCCCAUCACAGUACUAGAGCUGUCUCCCACUUCUAUGGCUUGUCCUGAAGGAUUGCAUGUUGUACAUAUGACAUCAAGAUCGAGUAAAAGUGCUUCAGAAGACCUUGCAUAUGCAGUGGAUCUAAUCUUCACAGGAAACCAAGCUUCAAGAGAGAGGCCAAAUAUCUUGUGGAGUCUUUUCUUCAACCAGAUUGAGCGUGGGGACAAUGCCAGUAGUGACGUCACCCCCGAAAACCUUCUUCUUGUAUCUGGACCAAAUUCAGACAUGGACUAUGAGCAAUCAGUUCUUCAAGCCAGAGAGCUGUUUGAGAAAGUAUGUCCUGGAGAAGAGUUCUGCCCUAAGGCACCAAACCCUGAAGACAUCAUUUUUGACUUCGGAGAAAACAAAGAGGGCACAACUGAAAGUGGCUUCGAGCCACCAAAAGAGGGAUUUGAAAUCAAAGAUGGUGAUACUAAAGUAUCAAAUGAUGCAGUUGAGGAAAGUGUGGCUGUUGGAAAUGACUCGGAAAAGACUGAAGAUCAAACAAUCAAUGACAGUACAAAUGUAACUAAUGCCACAACUGACAAACCAGACUAUGAGACAACUACAGAGAGCUAACAAUAAUUUAAGAACACCUUAGAAAAAUUGCUACACAAAAUUUAAAAAAAUACUUGAUAAAUUAUUAUGUUUUUGCAAAGUGUUAGAUUAAUUACUAUAUAAUAGGUGUAUACUAUUAUAAAGAGGUAGAUCACACUUGCAGUAUAUUGGAAUUCUACAUAUAAAUUAAGGUCAGGGUGCACUUCAAUGAAAUUUCAUGACCAUGUGCUAUUUUUUUUCAGAUAAACAUAAUUCAUUCCACACAGCAUCUACGAGUACAUCUUUCAUUCUUGCACAA